ACGCACUCUUCCCAGCUUGUUUGGGUUCGAACCGGUCAAAUAGAACUUGCAGUUACACUUGAGCAAGAGAGCUGGAAAAGGAAGCGAAAUGGCUCCCAAGCGUUCAAAGAAGGUGGUGGGAACAAUUGUGAAGACAACUAGGAUAAGGGAGACGGUGCGCGUUGCUGUUGUCGACGGCAAGAAGGCUGAAGGGGAGACCGAGAAAGAGACGAUAGUCGAAUCAACCAAGGAGCCUAUUAGAGUUGCAAUUGAAGAUGUGAGAGCCCCAGAAGACCAACUCGUCCAGAAAGAGCCUAGAAGGGUUAUGGUUGAUGACAAAGUCCAAGAAGAAGACGGAGCAGUUGCAGUGUCACCAGAAACAAGGGAACGAGGCCAACAAGAGAAGAUAAAUCAAGAAGGAAAGGAGGAGAAGAAGACAGAGCAGAAGGGAGAAGAUAAGAAGAAGAAAAAGAGAGAAAGGAGAAAGGGUGGCAGGAGAAGAAAGGAAGGUGGGGAGGAAUACAAGAGGUAUGUGUUCAGGGUGCUGAAGCAGGUGCACCCUGGGAUGGGUAUAUCGUCAAAGGCGAUGGCUGUGCUGAAUGGGUUCAUGAACGACAUGUUCGAGAGGUUGGCCGGAGAGGCGACUCGUUUGUCGCAGUACACGGGGAAGAUGACAUUGUCGUCGAGGGAGAUUCAAGGAGCAGUUCGCUUGGUUCUGCCGGGGGAGCUCGGCAAGCAUGCCAUCGCCGAGGGGACCAAGGCGGUAACCAACUACAUGUCUAAUAAAACAGCUGCAGCGCAGGCCGCAUAGGAUAGGCCUCUCUUCCUUCACCAGUUGGCCCUUUUUUUUCAGUGUUUUUAAGAAACUGCUGACUCCUUAACCUCUUACUAAUCAAUGUUGUUUAUCUAUCUUAUUUUUCUUUCAAGGGCCUCAUUUUGUUGUAUGUAUGUAAGGCCUUCUUGCCUGGAGGCAGAUAUGGCUUGUUCAGUGUUUGGUCUGUUCUGGGUGUAAAAAUUAUGGGUGUUAGUGCUGUUGUUAGUUUAUUGUACACUUCGGAGAGUUUGUGGAGCCUCUUUUCCUCUGUUUUA